AUGGAUCUCCUAACCAUCCUACCCAAUUUCAACACAAAACCAUACACACAUAUUCUCCCACCAUUAGAAAGAAGACACAUCACCACCGUCGACUUGAUAACGCUCGAUUAUCUCGAAAUCGCGAAACGCGCGCAUGUCCCACCGGCUGAUGUACGGAGAUUGUGCGCUGACGUCGUCAUCGGAUUGCAUGGUGAUUUGGGGUUUGGGAUUGGCUCAGCGAAGGGCUCUAAUAAUGACGGCGAUGAUGAUAAGCUUGGUGAGGGGCAGGUAGAUGGAGGGAAUAAUAGAUUGGAUUUGUCGAGAUGGAAUACUAUCAGCACAUUGGACACUGCGCUCGAUGAGUUAUUGGGCGGGGGAAUAGCGACUGGGUAUUUGACGGAGAUCACUGGUGAGAGUGGAAGCGGAAAGACGCAAUUCCUCUUGAAUCUCUUGCUCACCGCACAACUCCCCUCACCAAAAGGCCUUGGCCGAAAAGCAAUCUACAUAUCCACCGAAGCACCACUAUCAACUCCCCGACUCUCUCAAAUCCUCCAAUCGCAUCCCUACCUCUCCAAACUCCCCGCAAACGAGACGCCCUCGCUAGCAAACGUGCUAUCCAUCACGGCCAUCGACCUCGAGACUCAAGACCAUAUAUUAAACUACCAACUCCCCGUCGCAAUAUCGCGGUACAACGUUGGAUUGGUGGUUAUCGACUCUAUAGCCGCCAAUUACCGUGCCGAACAUGCCUCGAAUAGUAUGCAAGGUCUCUCCGCGCGAUCCGGCGAAUUGGCGAAACUGGGACAUAUGCUGCGCAAUCUCGCUGUGAGAGAGGAUGUGGCUAUAGUUGUUGCGAAUCAAGUUUCGGAUCGGUUUGAUAUGAUGGUUGACGUGCCACAACAACCAUUACAACAUCAUGGACGGUUUCCGCGGAGUAGUCAGACGCCGUUAGUUAAUAGACAUACGAAAUUGGCCAUGAUGGAAGCGAAUGAUCAGACUCCGUCUUCGUCGCCGGGGUUACUGUCUUCGUCGUUACCUUCUUCGCCAUCUCCGUCGUCGCAAUUACCGCCUGAAGACGAGGCGUUUGAUGGCGCGUAUAUAGUCGGUCAUCCAGUUCGGAAUGAGACACUGAGUUUGUCCCUUCAACAGAAAUUCUUCACCGGUUGGGGUGAUGGGUCUGAAGUCAAUGAAUCGCAGAAGACACCUGCGUUGGGCUUUGUGUGGUCAACGCAGAUUGCGUGCCGAAUCGCAUUGAAAAAGGAAGAUGAGAUUGAUCUAUCCCGCGUGGCUGUACCUAUACAGGCGUCGCAGCCUCCUAAAAAUGGAAGCGAACUGACGAAGCCUGAGAUCAAAACUGCAAGAGAUGUUUCACUACAAUCUUCCCCUCCUCAGCCAUCAAUAUCCUCUCAAACCGAAAUCAUCAAAAACGAAUCUCCUCCAACCACCACCGUCAGUACCGUUACUCCUACGACAAUAGAACGAAUAACAAAACGACGCGUAAAAUUCGUCUUUGCGCCCUGGACAUCUGGGGUUAUUCCCUCCGACAAGUCUACCCGGAAUGAUAAUGAACUAGAAUUCGAGAUAUGGAAAGGUGGACUACGGAGUAUUCCGAAGACUGGGUGA